AUGCCACUCUUUAUCACUGACUGGAAAGCGUGGUCCACGAAAGAUGUGGUGGCAGGUAUCACUGUCGCGGUGACCAGUCUGCCGCAGUACAUUGCCUAUGCCGAGUUAGCUCAGCUCAGUGGAUUUCGAGGGAUCGUCGCUUCUGGGCCACCUUUGAUCGCCUUUGCCUUUCUGACGGGCAAUCCUUGUUUGAACAUUGGAGUGACUUCCAUCACUGCCCUGAUGGCCACAGCGGAUUUGAAGGGAGCUGAGUAUCGAGAAGCAUUUGGCGAAGCCGCCUGGUCCCAGAUUUUGGGCACCUAUUCCAUGAUGAUCGGCGCGGCCUCCAUUGUUCUGGCGGUCUUGGGGGCUGGGCGCCUGGUGAAACACAUCCCUGCGCCCGUGAAGGCGGGUUGGAAACUGGGCUUUGCACUGGCAGCCUGCGCUGCGCAGACACCCAGCAGUGCCUUCCAACAUGCGAAGCAACUGAAGAAGAUUUGUGUCUUGCCCAUUGUGAAUGGCCAGCCUUUAAAGAGUGGCGCUGCCAAUAUGUAUCGCUUGGUAUGGACCCUGACACAUCCAAUGCAUUGGGACGCCGAGGCCAUCCUCUUCUCAGCAAUGACGCUGUUUAUCGUGAUGCACUUCAAGAGUCCUUUGAAGGUGAUCGCGGCCACAGCCGUGGGUGCGGGAGUUUCUUAUGUGCGACAGUAUCAAGGCGAUGUGGUGGGCUUGCCGCCACCUGGCUCCGAGCUGCACAUCACUGGGAACCUCCAGGCUGAUCUAACCAGCUGGGUGCAUCAGUGGCCAUGGGAGAUGCCAAUAGAUGCGACCGUGGCUCGUCUUGGUGGCUGGCCUAUGGCCAUUCUGUCGGCGGUGGCCUUCGCCUUUGUGGACUACCUGGCCAUCAUUUCGGUGGAGGCUGAACGACCCGCACCAGGUGGCAGUAGACCCUCCCGAGAGAUGGCCGGACAGGGAUUUGCCUGUAUUGCCUCUGGCAUGGGAGGUAGUGCACCCGUGGGCGGAUCGCUGACCCGGUCCAUGCUGGCAGGGAUGAUCGGGGCUUCUUCUCCGAUGAUGGGGCUGGUCUGCGGCUUCGUCACAAUGUGCCUGGGUUUUCCCUUCAUCGCCACCCUGUUGGAACCCACUCCGAAGGCGGUCUUAUCCUCAACGGUGCUGGCAGCCGUGCUGCCCGCAGUGGUGGCGCCGAAGGAUCUGCUGCGUUUGAAGGGCAGCGAUGCUUUGGCUGGUUGGAUUUCAGCUGCUGCAACCUGUAUGACUGAUCCAACCAAGGGCUUUGGAAUCGGCUGUGCAACCUAUUUCCUGUUCUACGGAAUGCGCAGGGUGAAAAUUAGCUGCCAGAAUCCCUGUGUUCGACUUAGUGCCAGUGCCACUCCGACCCACUCCGAUCAGAACAAGUUGAGCGAGAAGGAUUUGAGAAUCGCUGCUGCGCACGAGUGCGUGGGUCUGGUGGUGAAGAAGUGGAUCCUGGGCGAUGCCGAAGGACUGAAGGUCCAGGUCUACCAGGUCUGGUCCAAAUGGGCCUUGAGGCGCGCAGAGGAUGAGAAGAAACUGGCCUCUGUUCACAUGGCCUUGAGCAAGUGGGCGCGGGGCGAUGCCAAAGGAGUUUUGCAGACGGUCUUCAGCAGCUGGAAGCACGAUGCCAGUGUGGCUGCCGGAGAGCGCAAGACCGAGGCAGCGCUGGAUGUGGAAAGGGAAAAGAUGGAACGAUACCUGGAACCUCGGCAUUUUGUGGUGGCCUGGACGUUAUACUCUUGUUCCAUCACCACCACCACCGCCACCACCACCACCAGCAGCAGCACCAGCAGAAAUUCUCAGAAGAGGAUUCCCCGCUUUGACUCCAUCUCCGAGUGGCCGCAGGGCACGGAGACGAGCUGA